AUGAUCAAGAUUCUUCAGAAUAUAUCAGACAAAAAAUCUAAUAACACUGCAAAUGUCACUAAUAUUCCAAUCACUGAUCCAGCAAAAAUAUAUCAAAAUGUUAACAAGACAAAACCUCUAGUUUAUUAUGCACAUGGAUACACAAGUGGUCCAUCAGAUGAAAGUGUUCAAACAAUCAUUGAAGCACAUUUAAAACGAGGAAGUGAUAAUAUAUUUAUAAUUGAUUGGAGUAAAUUAGCAUCUGGUGAAUACAAUGUGGUUCUUGGUAGAAUAAAAUCUAUUUCAAAAAUAAUAGCAAGAUCAUUUGAUGAAGUUGUUAAGCUUGGAUUGAAUAUUGAAAAAUUUCAUUUUGUUGGACACUCAAUGGGUGCACAAAUUGCUGGUUUUGUUGGAAAAUAUAGUGAUAAUUCGAUUCCAAGAAUAACUGGGCUUGAUCCAGCUUUACCAGGAUUUUAUCAUACAGGAUUUGGUCAUAUUGAUAAAGAUAGUGCUAGAUUCGUUGAUAUUAUUCAUACAGAUGGUGGUCAUUAUGGUGUAAUGUCUGAUACUGGAACUGUUGAUUUUUAUGCAAAUGGUGGACAUCGUCCUCAACCAGGAUGUGAAUCACUUGAUCAACUUGUACCUCCUAAUGAUUUCUGCAGUCAUCGAAAAGCAUGGAAAUAUUAUGCGCAAACAGUCAAUAAUAACACAAUAUUUACCGCAACAGAAUGUUCAAGGCAUGAUUUGUACAAAUCAGGAUCAUGUGAUUUAAAUAAAAAAGUUCCAUGUGGAUAUGCUACACCAACAGAUAUAAAAUUUAGUAACACUGCAAAUGUCGUUGAUAUUUCAUUCACUGAUCCAGCAAAAAUAUACCAACAUGUUGAUAAGACAAAACCUCUAAUUUAUUAUGCUCAUGGAUACAUAGGUCAUCCGUCAGAUAAAAGUGUCCAGACAAUUAUUGAAGCAUAUUUAAAACGAGGAAGUGAUAAUAUAUUCAUAGUAGAUUGGAGUAAAUUAGCAUCUGGUGAUUACAAUGUCGUUCUUGGUAGAAUAAAAGAUGUUUCAAAAAUAAUAGCAAGAUCAUUAGAUGAAGUUGUUAAGCUUGGUUUGGAUAUUGAAAAAUUUCAUUUUAUUGGACACUCAAUGGGUGCACAAAUUGCUGGUUUUGUUGGAAAAUAUAGUAAUAAUUUGAUUCCAAGAAUAACUGGACUUGAUCCAGCUUUCCCAGGAUUUUAUAAUCAAGGAAUUGGUCAUAUUGAUAAAAAUAGUGCAAGAUUUGUUGAUAUUAUUCAUACAGAUGCUGGUGAUUAUGGUGCACCAUCCAAUACUGGAACUGUUGACUUUUAUGCAAAUGGUGGACAUAAUCCUCAACCAGGAUGUGGACCUCCUCGUCUUUCUUUAGAACCUUCUGAUUCCUGCAGUCAUGAGAAAGCACCUGCUUAUUAUGCACAAACUAUUAAUAAUAACAAAAUAUUCACCGCAACCAAAUGCUUUAGUUAUGGUUUGUACAAAUUAGGAUUGUGCAAUUUAAAUAAAAAAGUUCCAGUUGGAUAUGCUACACCAACAGAUAUGUAA